AUGGCUGGUGAAUCGAAAGUUGUUGUUCAGCUUCGAGAUGGCCGUAUCUAUGCUCUUCAAAGGGAAGGAUUGGUUAUCACUCGCGGCGUAAAAUACGCCGAAGCGGGACGAUUCGAGCCUCCACGUCCUUGCCAAAAGUGGGAUGAUAUUGUCGUCUGCACUCAGCCGGCUAGUAUAUGUCCCCAACUACCUUCCCGCCUCGAGAUGAUAAAUGGCCCGAUAGCCGCAAAAAGGACUAUGGACGAAGCUUGCUUGCACGUCAGCGUUUUCUCGCCCUCGCUUUCUCGCCUAAAGGAAGAUGCUUCGAUGCCGGUCAUGGUUUUUUUGCACGGGGGUGGCUACUCAUCCGGGGCGGGUGAUCUUGACUGCUAUAGUGGCGCUUUGCUUGCUUCUAUGGGAGUAGUGGCUGUUAACAUCACCCAUCGACUAGGGAUUUUUGGAUACCAGCCCAUUGAAGGAAUUGCGCCACCAAACCUAGGACUCCUCGAUCAAAUUGCGGCACUUCGUUGGGUCCACGACAAUAUCGAAUUCUUUGGUGGUGACUCUGAAAGGAUUUGCCUAUUUGGCGAGUCAGCGGGCGCGGAUUCAAUAUUCUGUCUGCUUGGUUCGGAUGGUGUCAAAGGUCUUUUUCAGCGGGUUAUCUUGCAAAGUGCUCCGUGGUCGUUCCGGUAUAUGGCCCCGCGUGAUCGGCAAGACAUGGUGGAGUCACUUUCAUCGAUGGCUGGGGAUCUUCUACCAAAAAACCACGAUACUGCAUCGAUAGAGGAACUUUUAACCGUACAGGAAAGGCUCAUGGUUGCAGCAACGUCGUUCCCCACAGCUGUGAUACCAUUUGGACCCAUUCUUGGUCAUUCACCCCUACCUGAGAAAUCAAAAUUCGACGAAAGGUUAGAGUCGGCAAUUCGCCGCGUGCCGAUGUUUAUCGGCUACACAAAAAACGAGGGCCAAGCGUUUGAGAGAAUGUUUGAUCAAAUGCGUCCUGUGCCUGAGAUCCCCGUAGGAACAACUGUCGCUGGGUUCAUCUCCAAGAACUGGUUCCAGGAUCCGGCGGAACAGUUAUUUCAGAGGAUUAUUCAAGCUGGCGGACAGCCAUGGUUUUAUAAAUUUCACCUGGCGCCCGAUCAGAACCAGUUUGGUGCAAUUCACACCAUCGACAUGCCAUUUCUGCUUGGGACGUGGAACGACUGGAAAGACGCGCCGAUGAUGAGCGGACGAAAUGCACGAGAACUAGUUGAACGGGUUGGGCCAGAGGUCAAGAACCUUUGGAUAGCGUUUGCCAAAGGACUAGGCUCUAGUUCUGCUCUGUUUGUCAUUGAUGAGUACUUUACUUUUGCAAAAUAG